CUCAGACUCGGCAGGAGCGCGCCGUGGCGGUGCAGUUCCGAGCUUGCCAGCCCAGCCGCACACACACCGCCUCCCGGAGCAGCGGGAAUCGCAGCAGCUGCGGGCCGCCGCCGCCGCCGCCGGGCUCCACGCUCUGGCCCGCUUGCCGUCAGUUCCUCCCCUCGCCGGCACUCAGCCCGCAGCUCCUUCCUUCUCUGACAGCCUCCUGGAACUCUCCGGAUCUUUUCCUACGUUCCCCUCUCUCGUAUUUUCCCCACCCUAUAUUUUCCCCACCUCUCGUCCUUUCUCCUUAGCCACCCUGCCUUUUUUCUCCUCUUUUUAGCGACGAUUUCUUCUUAAGAUGACUUGUCUUCCUUAUCUCCGUCCACUUCAGCCCUGAAGACUGAAAAGGAGCCUGUAAUCUCCCCCUACCCUCCACCCCCGCUGACAUUUCAAAGACAGUAAUCCUUAAAAGUCUAAAGAGGCACAGAACAGGACACGGGACCUUCUCGACACCCUUGGGUCCGGUCCCGAGCUGCACUAUCCAGCGUAAGCAAUAGCCCAUUUAGCCCCCCUGGAGAGAAGGGAGAGGGGAGCCGAAAGCAAACUUCAGCCAGCUCGGAGGUGCCGAGCUUCCCGCAUUUGGAGGAGCCGCGUUCCGGAAGGCGAAGGAGCCCACGGGGAACGCGGAGGAGCCGCCAGCCUCUCUCGCCCCCUCAGCGAGGCGGGAGCGGUGGACUGAGCGGCGCGGGACAGCGGCGGCGGAGGCGGCAAGAGGAAGAUGCGGGGCUCGGGGCCCCGGGGUGCGGGACGCCGGCGGCCCCCGGGCGGCGGCGGCGGCGGCGGCGACCCCCCCAACACCCCUGCCUCUCUGGCCGGCUGCUACUCCGCGCCUCGCAGGGCCCCCCUCUGGACGUGCCUUCUCCUGUGCGCUGCGCUCCGGACCCUCGUGGCCAGCCCCAGCAACGAAGUGAAUUUGUUGGAUUCACGGACUGUCAUGGGAGACUUGGGAUGGAUUGCUUUUCCAAAAAAUGGGUGGGAAGAGAUUGGUGAAGUUGAUGAAAAUUAUGCCCCUAUCCAUACAUACCAAGUAUGCAAAGUUAUGGAACAGAAUCAGAAUAACUGGCUUUUGACCAGUUGGAUCUCCAACGAAGGUGCUUCCAGAAUCUUCAUAGAACUCAAGUUUACUCUGCGGGACUGCAACAGCCUUCCCGGAGGACUGGGGACCUGUAAGGAAACUUUUAACAUGUAUUAUUUUGAGUCAGAUGGUGAGAAUGGGAGAAACAUCAAGGAAAACCAGUACAUCAAAAUUGAUACCAUUGCUGCCGAUGAAAGCUUUACAGAACUUGAUCUUGGCGACCGUGUCAUGAAACUGAAUACAGAGGUCAGGGAUGUAGGACCUCUAAGCAAAAAGGGAUUUUAUCUUGCUUUUCAAGAUGUAGGUGCAUGCAUCGCUCUGGUUUCUGUGCGUGUGUAUUAUAAAAAAUGCCCUUCUGUGGUACGGCACCUGGCUGUCUUCCCUGACACGAUCACCGGAGCUGAUUCUUCGCAGUUGCUUGAGGUGUCGGGGUCCUGUGUCAACCAUUCUGUGACAGAUGAACCUCCCAAAAUGCACUGCAGUGCUGAAGGGGAGUGGCUGGUUCCCAUCGGGAAAUGCAUGUGCAAGGCAGGCUAUGAAGAGAAAAAUGGCACCUGUCAAGUGUGCAGACCUGGGUUCUUCAAAGCCUCACCUCACAGCCAGAGCUGCAGCAAAUGUCCACCUCACAGUUAUACCCAUGAGGAAGCUUCAACCUCUUGUGUCUGUGAAAAGGAUUAUUUCAGGAGGGAGUCUGAUCCACCCACAAUGGCAUGUACAAGACCCCCCUCAGCUCCUCGGAAUGCCAUCUCAAAUGUUAAUGAAACUAGUGUCUUUCUGGAAUGGAUUCCUCCUGCUGACACUGGUGGAAGGAAAGAUGUGUCAUAUUAUAUUGCAUGCAAGAAGUGCAGCUCCCAUGCAGGUGUGUGUGACGAGUGUGGCGGUCAUGUCAGGUACCUCCCCCAGCAAAUCGGCCUGAAAAACACCUCUGUCAUGAUGGUGGAUCUGCUCGCUCACACAAACUAUACCUUUGAGAUUGAGGCAGUGAAUGGAGUGUCCGACUUGAGCCCAGGAGCCCGGCAGUAUGUGUCUGUUAAUGUAACCACAAAUCAAGCAGCCCCUUCUCCAGUCACCAAUGUGAAAAAGGGGAAGAUUGCAAAAAACAGCAUCUCUCUGUCUUGGCAAGAGCCAGAUCGCCCCAAUGGAAUCAUCCUGGAGUAUGAAAUCAAAUAUUUUGAAAAGGACCAAGAGACCAGCUAUACAAUUAUCAAAUCUAAAGAGACAACUAUAACUGCAGAGGGCUUGAAACCAGCUUCAGUGUAUGUCUUCCAAAUUCGUGCACGUACAGCUGCAGGCUAUGGUGUCUUCAGUCGAAGAUUUGAGUUUGAAACCAUCCCAGUGUCAGUUGCAGCCUCCAGCGAUCAAAGCCAGAUUCCUAUAAUUGCUGUGUCUGUGACAGUGGGAGUCAUUUUGUUGGCAGUGGUUAUCGGCUUCCUCCUCAGUGGAAGUUGCUGCGAUUGUGGCUGUGGAAGGGCUUCUUCCCUGUGCGCUGUUGCCCAUCCAAGCCUAAUAUGGCGGUGCGGUUACAGCAAAGCAAAACAAGAUCCAGAAGAGGAAAAGAUGCAUUUUCAUAAUGGGCACAUUAAACUGCCAGGAGUAAGAACAUAUAUUGAUCCGCAUACCUAUGAGGAUCCCAAUCAAGCUGUCCAUGAAUUUGCCAAGGAGAUAGAAGCUUCAUGUAUCACCAUUGAAAGAGUCAUUGGAGCGGGUGAAUUUGGUGAAGUUUGUAGUGGACGUUUGAAGCUUCCAGGAAAAAGAGAAUUACCUGUGGCGAUUAAAACCCUUAAAGUAGGCUAUACGGAAAAGCAACGCAGAGACUUCCUGGGUGAAGCAAGCAUCAUGGGUCAGUUUGACCAUCCGAACAUCAUUCACCUAGAAGGUGUGGUAACCAAAAGUAAACCAGUGAUGAUAGUGACAGAGUAUAUGGAAAAUGGCUCUUUAGAUACAUUUUUAAAGAAAAACGACGGGCAGUUCACUGUGAUUCAGCUGGUUGGCAUGCUGCGAGGCAUCGCUGCAGGAAUGAAGUACCUUUCCGACAUGGGCUAUGUGCAUAGAGACCUUGCUGCCAGAAACAUCUUAAUCAACAGUAACCUUGUGUGCAAAGUGUCUGACUUUGGGCUAUCUAGGGUCCUGGAAGAUGAUCCUGAAGCAGCCUACACCACAAGGGGAGGCAAAAUUCCAAUCAGAUGGACUGCCCCAGAAGCUAUAGCUUUCCGAAAGUUCACCUCUGCCAGCGAUGUCUGGAGCUAUGGAAUCGUGAUGUGGGAGGUUGUGUCUUAUGGAGAGAGACCCUACUGGGAGAUGACCAAUCAAGAUGUGAUUAAAGCCGUGGAGGAAGGCUACCGUCUGCCAAGCCCUAUGGACUGCCCUGCUGCUCUCUACCAGUUAAUGCUGGAUUGCUGGCAGAAAGACCGGAAUAGCAGGCCCAAGUUUGAUGAAAUCGUCAACAUGUUGGACAAGCUGAUCCGUAACCCAAGUAGUUUAAAGACACUGGUUAACGCAUCAAGCAGAGUAUCUAGUUUAUUGGUGGAACAUGGUUCACUGGGAUCUGGGGCCUACAGAUCAGUAGGUGAAUGGCUAGAAGCAAUCAAAAUGGGCCGAUAUACAGAAAUUUUCAUGGAAAAUGGAUACAGUUCAAUGGACGCUGUGGCUCAGGUGACCUUGGAGGAUUUGAGACGACUCGGAGUGACUCUUGUUGGUCACCAGAAGAAGAUCAUGAACAGCCUUCAAGAAAUGAAGGGGCAGCUGGUCAACGGGAUGGUUCCAUUGUAGCUUCAUUCCACUGUCACUUCGCCCAGUGAAUGCUUCUGCACUUUGUAAACAAGCCCUGAGAUUUAUUUUAACAAAAAAGGGGAAAAAGGGAAAACUCAGUGAUUUCUAAAUCUUAAGAGAGCAUUUGUUUCAGUCACGGAAUUCAUAAUCAGUGUUUCACUCAAAUCUCUUGAUCUUCCUCUCAGUGUCUUCAUUUUUCAUGAAGCAAAUAUAACCUGCAUGGAAUAAGAACAUGAGGUUAAACCUCAUCUUAUAUUACAACAACAAAAUCCUUCUCACUACUUCUACAAAAUUUUAUACGUGAAAUAGAAAACUCUAUAUAGCACCUUUAUAGACUGAAUGAAGGCAGCCCCUUUCAAAACUUCCAGGAAUCUACUUGAAAGGAAAAGUUUUUAUAGCCAUUUGUGGGCUAACAAAAACUGCAACUUACUGAGGUUUACUUCAAGUCCUAAUUGUCUACAUAAGUGUAUUGAAGAGCAAUAUGGUUAGAUAAUUUUUAAAUAGAUAUCUUCUUUUGUAAUUUUAAAUGCUGUCACACAGCGUUAAGUUAUAGAAACUAGUGUAUAAACAUGUUGCUUGAUCAAGGACAAGUACAAUACAGGGUGUAUAUUUAUUUUUUUGUGUUAUAAAAUUUACUUUUAGUUGCUCUUCUAGAAACUACUAGGUAACAAAUAUGUAUAUACUGUAUAAUUUGCUAUAUACCCAGGAAUCGAUUUAAGUUGGAGUUGUGUGUGUGUGUGUGGCUUGCACAUGUGUGUUUACCAUUCUGCUUGCAUUGGUAGUAGUGUUUUAAUUUUAGCAACAUUCAGGAACAAGUGUUCCAGAGUGUAGUAGGAAUAGGAGAAAUAGGGAAGCAGUAAAACAAAACUGAACACAAGCUUGUGUCUUUUUCCUCUCAUGUGUCCAAAAGCUACUAAAUCUCUUUAUUCACUCACAGGAAAUGUCUGUAAGACUAAAUCCCCUUUGGCGUUUUUAAAACACUUUGUGAUAUCUGUGACAGUGCAGUUCUUCUAGCCAUUAAUCUUGCACCCCUGUAAGAAAUUUCACCUUUCUGAGUCCCAGAAAAUAUCUUGUCAAGCAAAGUUGACACCAAAGGGCACAUUUUCAGCAGGAUGUAGAGGGAUUUAACUGUGCAGACUUCUGUUAAUGUUGUUAAAUCCAGCACAUAGCACCAAGCAUUACCCCUAAGUGUUAAUCCUUUGUAACCAUUUCCCUUGUGGCUCAGCCCUAGAAAUUUUGAUACUAAAGCAGUGGAAUGAUGACAACUAUGUGUAUUUUUCUGCUCUUUAGAAUUUUCUCUGUGGCAAGACUUGACAGGUUUUAUUUGUUGAUGGCUAUUUAUUCAUUUGGUAAUUUCAUCUUGUAUUCAGUUAUACUGAAUUGAAUUUACUUUGAUGAGCCAAUCGAAAGUAUUAUUUAAUUGGCCUUAUUAAAGAAUAUAGAAUAUGUCCUCUGUAUGUUCUGUAUACCACACUUGAUAAAGGCUAACAUUAUGGUACAAACUAAACCGUUUAUUAAAAUUUGAACAAAACUGAGCUUCUUGGUGAAGUGACCAAGUUUUUUUGUAUUGUUAAACUUUAUAAAUCAUGGAAUGACAUGUCAUUAUUCAAGGAGCACAGUGUUUAAACCAAAUACAGUUUGAUUAUCAGUGGCAGUGGUAUAUUGGAGUAGCCUGGAUUAUUGACAACCAUAGGGAAUAUACCAGCUUUAUGUUGUUGAUACUUCUCUCUUUCCCAAGUACCUGUCUCGAUUAGCAUAUGCAAGAAUAAACUUUUGGGACAUAACUGUCUCUCUGCCCUUCCCACCUUCUACAUAAGUAGCUAUCUCUUUAUAGGGAGAAAAAGAAAAAGGUUUUAAACAAUGAUUAAAUGAUGUAUUGAGUCCUGGCCAAUUAGUGCUACAAUUCUUUACUGGGUCUAUACUGUACCAUGGGUCCACACAAACUGUGCUUAUGUAUAUUCUGUUAGUUUAGUGAGAUUUCCAGAGAAAAUAAAGAAUGGAUUUAACUUUGUCUUGAUAAAGUCAUAAGUAAGUAGGCAUCGCCAUUAUUCAAGAUGCAUUUAUUCAUUUCAGGAAACCUCAAAGUAACUAAACUAAUUGCUUUUGUAACAAAUUAUUGGGGAUUGUGUUGCACUUACUGAAUUUUGUAAAACCAGCCAAAUCUACUUGAUAAAGUAACAAUUGAGAUAUUUUAAUGUGAGAAUAGUUUUAUUGAUCUAAUAUAAGUUUUACGGCUGAUGGGCUAGCCACAAUUACUUAUACAUAACAUAUGUAUUUGAAUUGUUUUCCAGCUUUAUAUGUUCCAAGAUGAUUGGGAGGUCAGGCUGGAGUGUAUCUAAGUGAUUGGAAUUUGAAAUUACGUGUAAAUUUCCUCUUUGUGACAAGAGAAUAUUACAAAUUAAUUUUGAUCACAUUUAUUUGCUUCUUAUAUAUGCAACCUUGAUGUAGGUUUUGGAAAGUAAAUGGAGGUAAAAGUUAGACACAUAGCUUUUAUUCAUAUCUAAUUUUGGUUGAGAAUUUCUAAGAAAUACCUAUAUGAUUUUAGAAGAUGUAACCCACCCUAAAAAGCAGGAAGGAAUUCCUCUUGUUCACCACUGGAUGUGUCACCAAUUGGAAAGUGCCAAUCUCAUCUAUAAAUGUGAGAAGUGGAACAAGGAGAGAGGCAGCUUUUGUGAAAUGGAAUGAGGCAGUAACCCAGGGCAAGAUUUGACAAAUCUUGAUGGUGUGAUUUCUUAUCCUAUUGGUUCAUGUUGUCACCAGCCAGACAACCAAAAAUAAAAUAUAGAUUCAAUAAUUUUAGUACAUAAGACAGAUUUGUCAAAUUAAACAUAAUAUUAUUUUAACUGUCAGUAGCAAUACUUUUAGUCUUUAGACUUGGAAAUACAUAAGUCUUUCUUAGUGUUAAACUUUGAAAAAUAGGUACAAGCAGGGAAUAGUUUCCAACUUACUGAUAUCUGUUGAAGUCACUCAAUUGCUACUUUUAUCAAUCAUGUUUCCUCAUCUUGCUAUUUGCUCACAUGUAAAAACGACAUGUAAUCAGUUAUUCUUCCUGGCUGCUGAAAUGUAUGAAUUGUAUGUAAAAAUGUAAAAAAAAAUUCAUUUUCCCAUUUUACAAAAUUAACGUGCAUGGUCUUUUCUUUCUUGUAUUUUAAUCACCAAGUUGGUGUUCUAAAGACGUAGGAUUACUAUGAGGAAUAUAUUCAAGUAUUCUAUCCAAACAUAAAUGUGGCCAGCAUUAUUAGUUUCGGAGUUGCCAAAACAAUACAGAACAUCCUUAACUCAGUCUGUAAGAGUUUUAACCAGUGCUGAGUGGUGAAAAAAAUAGUUUCCUAUCUCAAGUUAAUAUGGAAAAUUAAUACCAGUUGAGCACUUAAUGUGUUUGCAUGUCUGCUGCUUAAUCUCCAUGUGAAAGUUAGAGAUUUUUUUAACACCUUUCUUUCUCCCAUUUAAAAUGGGUUCUCAGAAGCACAAGCAGAGAUAUUUACCUGUGGAAGACAUUUUGGCAUUGGAUGGCAAAUGCCAUUUGAGUCAGAUGUUAGAAAUUUGCUAGAUUUAUGAUAUUGUGUAGUAGAAUAAGAUCCUUUUCUCAUUUUGUUCUUCCUAAAAAUAAGAAAAAAGAAAGCUAAAUAUGAUAGUAAACUGUCUUUGCUUAUGUCCUGCCAGAUGUUUAACCUCAAAAUAAAUUAAAAGUAGGUACAAUGAUGAUGAUGAAAAUGAAUAAACAAUUAAAGUGAUAGUUUUAUUUGAAAUUAAUGACUAGAAUAAGUCAUCAUUUUUUCAGCUCUAUAGCACAGCUGGUUACAUUGAAUAUUUUCCCUCUAUUAUGCUGUUAAUUAUAUAGUAAUGUAUCAAAGAAGAAAUAGAUAAGAAGUUUCUUUUCAUUUCUUGUUGGUUUAUGAAAAAAUCUUUUUACACAUAAAUGCUUGAAUGUUCUUGUUCAGAAUGACCACAUAAUUAUUGCUUAUGAAAAGACACCAAUUAGUAAAAAAAAAAAAAAAAAGUAUUUAUAAUAAUCAGAAUCAAAUGUCAUUUUUUUUCUUCUAAAUGUAAAUGAAAAAAAAAUUGAAGGUGGAAAAAUAUGUCAUGUUGAUUCAGGAUGGGCUAUAUUAACAGUAGAAAUUUCAGUGGUCAGCAUCUUUAUGCAUCUUUAAACUGCUAAUUUUUUUACAGUUAUUUAAAAGUGUGUAAAUUUCAUUUAUGAUCGUCUGAGAAUAAAACAGACUCAGUCAUUUGUUAAUAUGUUUAUUAGAAUGUUUUCGUUUCAGGCAGGUCAGAAGCAGCUGUAUAGCAUUAUCUUAUUCUAUGUUAGGGCUGUCUAAAUCCCCAGCCUCAGUGUUAAUUCAAGGAAGAAUUAGCAUUUCUGUAAUUUUUUUUCCCCAUUUAAAGCUCUAUGUGCAUUUGGUUUGUGUACAUGUUUUUGUAGUGUAAGAUAUGAAAUUUUAUAUUUUUUCAGAAAAUAAAAAACCCUUUGAAUAACAGCUAA